GCCCUCAAACUUCUCCUCAUGUCUUAGCUUACUUCUUGUCACUACUCAACUCACAGCAUUUACUGAUAAAAUUUUUUUUUUUGGUUUCCCUAAUUCAUUCCUAUCUCGGUUCAUUCUCUCUUUCUGGAAAGCUUCGUGACCGAUGAGCAAUGUAUGUCGGUACCUGUAUCGAACUCCGCAUUCUUUCAGUUCCUCUGUGAAAAUUCUAAGUUCCAAGUGAAGUAGAUCACUUCCUAGCUCGCUCGCUCGCUCGCUUUUGACUUAGAAGUUGGGGAUUUGAAUCUCAACUUCCAGCUAGCGUUUCUCGCUUCAAUUCUUAUAUAAUUUGAAUUACGAUUUAAGAAGCUAAGUGGUUGAAGGGAUGACUGCUGAUCCUGGAUUUGCUUACUGUAUAAUUUGUCGGAUUUGAUGGAUUGAUUCUGUAGAAGUGAUGUUUAACAAGGACUGGGGUUGCUUGUGGACUACAAUUUGAGUGAUGGAGGAAAGCAAUGGUAGAUUGUGGUCGUUGAGACCAGGUGGCUUGAAAUCUACGUUAUCUGGAAAAUCAACUCCAAGAGGUUCCCCUUCAUUUAGGAGAGUUGGCUCUGGGCGUACUCCACGUAGAGGUGGAAUUAGUAGUCUAUAUUUCAGAAACAACAGGAUAGUGCUUUGGCUGCUUUUGAUCACCCUUUGGACCUACGGUGGAUUUUAUAUUCAGUCUAGGUGGGCUCAUGGGGACAACAAGGAAGGGAUGUUUGGUGGCAAUGGGACCGAUGAAAUAAAUGAACUCAAACCACAGAAUGAAAAGACUGAGGUCAAGCCAAAGGAUCGCCGAGAUCUGAUUGAAACUGAUGAUUAUCUUGAUUCUAAGGCUGUGCUAUCUAAAAACCAGUCCCUUUCGAGAAUUUCAGAUGCAAUUAUGGCCAAAAGUGGGAAUGCUAAUCCAAGUCGUAAGAGUGUAUCUUUGAAGAAGAGCAGAAAGAGAUCAAGACGUGGUUCACGUAACAAGUCCCGAGUUAAGCAGAAAGAAGUUGUAGAGGUCCAAGAAUCUGAAGUUGAUGUGCAGGAAGUGGAAAUUCCUAUGCUAAAUUCUACUUAUGGCCUGAUAGUGGGUCCAUUUGGCUCAAUAGAAGACGGUAUCCUGGAAUGGACUCCCGAAAAGCGGUUAGGAACCUGCAACAGAAAGGGUCAGUUUGCACGUCUAGUUUGGUCUAGAAAGUUUGUUUUGAUAUUCCAUGAGCUUUCGAUGACUGGAGCUCCACUUGCAAUGAUGGAGUUGGCAACAGAGCUUUUGAGCUGUGGGGCCACAGUUUCUGUGGUUGUUCUUAGCAAGAGGGGUGGAUUGAUGCCAGAGCUUGCUAGAAGGAAGAUCAAAGUGCUCGAGGACAAAUUGGAUCUUAGCUUCAAAACUGCCAUGAAAGCUGAUCUCAUCAUUGCAGGGUCGGCAGUUUCUGCAUCAUGGAUCGAAAAAUACAGAGAACAUACUGUCCUUGGUGCCAGUCAAAUUGCUUGGUGGAUCAUGGAAAACAGGCGGGAGUACUUUGAUCGUGCAAAGCUUGCCCUCAACCAUGUGAAAAGGCUUAUUUUCCUGUCAGAGUUGCAGUCUAAACAGUGGCUAGCCUGGUGUGAGGAAGAAAAGAUCAAGUUAAAGUCUCCGCCUGAACUCAUCCCCCUUUCUGUUAAUGAUGAACUGGCUUUUGUGGCUGGCAUUUCUUGCUCAAUCAAUACUCCAGCAUUUAGCACUGAGAAGAUGCUGGAAAAGAGGCAGCUAUUGAGAAGUUCAGUAAGAAAGGAGAUGGGAUUGACAGAUGAUGACAUGCUUGUGGUGUCUUUAAGUAGUAUUAACCCUGGAAAAGGUCAAUUCUUGCUUCUUGAAUCAGCACACAAGGUGGUUGAACAAGGCAUGGCUGUGAACAGUUCCACAAUCAAAGGUUCAGUUAAGAGAGGUCGAAAUUAUCAUGCAAGGGCUCUUCUUCAAGAGGGGCUCAAAAUUGGAGAAUCCUCAUCUGAGUUAUUCCAUUCUGAGGGAUACUCGGCAAAGUUUAGAUCAAGAGAGAACACUCAUCCUUCACAUUAUGCCACAACACUUUAUGGUGAUUACAGUCUGAGGAAACUGUUGGCUAAUGGUGAAACAAAGCAGAAACAGAGGCUCAAGAUUCUUAUUGGUUCAGUAGGAUCCAAGAGCAAUAAAGUGACUUAUGUUAAAACACUUCUCGAAUUUCUAUCUCAUCACACGAACUUAUCUAAAUCAAUACUAUGGACUCCAGCAACCACGCGUGUGGCAUCUCUCUAUGCUGCAGCAGAUGUAUAUGUGAUGAAUGCCCAGGGACUUGGAGAAACUUUUGGAAGAGUAACUGUUGAAGCAAUGGCAUUUGGUCUUCCGGUGCUGGGCACUGAUUCUGGAGGCACAAAGGAGAUUGUUGAACACAACGUAACUGGUCUUCUCCAUCCUUUGGGGCGUCCAGGGGCUCAAGUUCUCGCCAAAGAUAUUCAGUACUUGCUUGAGAAUCCAUCGGCAAGAAAGCAAAUGGGAACAGAAGGAAGAAAGAAAGUGGAAAAAAUGUACUUGAAGAAACACCUGUUCAAGAAAUUUGGAGAGGUCCUCUACAGCUGCACGAGGAUAAAAUAGCACACGCUAGAGUUUAUCUUCAUUUUUUUGACCAUUAGGCAUAUAGAAUCUUACACAGGAAAUCUGUAGCCCCACAAACGAUUUAUUGUAAUGAUUGUAUUAUCAUCCAUUCCUGCGAGGUGCUUUUGGGAUCAAUUCAAAAACGGAUUGACGAGUAAAUCAAGCCAUUCAAGUGAUGUUAUAUGGUUAGUGCCAUGAGAUAAAUCUUUACCUCCAAAUGGCA